GUUUGCUUACAAGCGAUAAGUCCAUAUCUUGCCAAGGAUCCUCCAAGUUUGUACGGCUCAUUGAAGAAACCGCAAUGAAAGUUCUUCUUUUCAUAUUCGCUUGUAUCGGAGCUAUCAACUGCGCGAACAACGCAUGUCUGACGGUGGAGCAGAUAGCCCAACAGGUCGUAAAGGAAUCGGACCAUAACGCUGACGGAAUCAUUCAAGUUGAAGAGCUCGUGGGUGAACUCACCUCUUGGGGACUUAACAACGACUCCUGCCUUUCGUACCACGAUUUCAUCGCAGCAUGGACAACGCGUUACCAUGACCAUCAUGACACAGCGCAUGAUUUCUUCAACAAUCUAAACACAGACGGCGAUGACGCCCUGUGUUUGCCGGAAGUAGCAAUUCAUGUCGUCCAGUUCGACACUAGUCCAAGAGACGGACAAAUCCAACCCGCAGAAUUCUCAGCCUUUAUGCAUGCCGUACAUCCGGAUUCUCACCAACCAGCGGGACACGGAUGCCACUAAACCACCGGUCCCAUUGGAAUCUUGAAAUGGAAUCAAAAAUAUGAAUAAAACUGAAAAGUACGUCUUCGAAAA